CCUCCUCCUCCUCCUCCUGCAGACCGGUUAAAACCGACAGAAGCUCCCGGAGCCUCGGCUGCAGACGUGCGGACCCCCAGCGCUCGGUGACCGCCCCCCGCCCCCGGUAUGUCCGCUGUGUGCGUCCCGAAGACUCGCUGCUUCCUCCGGCUUCUCCUCCGCGGUCUCCCCGCCGCCAUGAGCCGCAGCUACAGCCUCGAUGUCUCCGCUCCUCUGCUCCGGACGCAGGGCUACGUGGACGGCCGCUGGGUCUCCGCAGCCUCGGUGUUCCCGGUGCUGGACCCGGCCACCGGGCAGGAGAUCGCCCGGGUGUCGGACUGCGGACCGGCGGAGGCCAAGCAGGCGGUGGACGCUGCGUACAAAGCGUUUCACACCUGGAAGAGGUGCACGGCCAAGGAGAGGAGCGUCCUGCUGAGGAAAUGGUUUGAUCUGCUGACGCUGCACAAAGAGGAUCUGGCCAAACUGAUCACGUUCGAAUCUGGGAAGCCGAUGCGCGAGUCUCUCGGGGAGAUCGCCUACUCCGCCUCCUUCCUGGAGUGGUUCUCGGAGGAGGCUCGGAGGGUUUACGGAGACAUCGUCCCGUCUCCCGUCAAGGACCGAAAGAUCCUCCUCCUCAAGCAGCCGGUGGGAGUGGCCUCCAUCAUCACCCCGUGGAACUUCCCCAGCGCUAUGAUCACCAGGAAGGUGGGAGCCGCUCUGGCCGCCGGCUGCACCGUGGUGGUCAAACCGGCCGAGGACACGCCGCUGUCGGCUCUGGCCCUGGCCGAGCUGGCGGAGCAGGCCGGGAUCCCCGCCGGGGUCUUCAACGUGGUGCCCUGCUCCAGGGACAAGACUCCGUCGGUCGGGGAGGUUCUCUGCACCGACCCCCUGGUGGCCAAGAUCUCCUUCACAGGCUCCACCGCCACUGGAAAGCUGUUGUUGAAAAUGGCCGCUGACACCGUGAAGAAGGCGUCUAUGGAGCUCGGAGGCCACGCCCCCUUCAUCGUGUUUGACAGCGCUGACGUGGACAAGGCAGUGGGCGGAGCCAUGGCCUCAAAGUUCAGGAACUCGGGACAGACGUGUGUGUGUUCGAACCGGUUCCUGGUCCAGACCGGGAUCUACGACCGCUUCAUGGACAAGUUGGGCCGAGCGAUGGACGCUGAGCUCCGUCUGGGUCACGGCUCAGACCCCGAAACCACCCAGGGACCCCUCAUCAACAGCAGGGCCGCAGAGAAGGUGGUCCAGCAGGUCUCUGAUGCUGUGUCUCGUGGGGCGAAGCUUCUGAGAGGGGGGGGGCGACUGGAGGGUUCGUUCAUGGAGCCGACGCUGCUGGCGGACGUCACCACGGACAUGAUCUGCACCAAGGAGGAGACAUUCGGACCCCUGCUGCCCGUCAUCAGAUUCACCACAGAAGAAGAAGCUCUGUCUGUAGCUAACGCCUCCAACGUUGGACUGGCAGGUUACUUCUACUCUCAGGACGUGAGUCAGAUCUGGAGGGUGGCCGAGGAGCUGGAGGUGGGGCUGGUGGGAGUGAACGAAGGCCUCCUCUCCACCUCCGAGGCCUGCUUCGGGGGGGUCAAGCAGUCCGGUCUGGGCCGCGAGGGCUCCAAGUACGGCAUCGAUGAGUACCUGGAGGUCAAGUACAUGUGCUUCGGAGGCCUCAACCCCUGAACCGGGACCUGAACCUGAACCAGGACCUGAACCAGGACCUGAGGCUCCACAACCCCACCACCUCCUUCUAAAACUAGUAAAUGAGUGGUUCUGGAUCUGGUUCUGGAUCUGGUUCUGGAUCUGGAUCUGGUUCUGGAUCUGUUUAAUGACGACGGCUCCAACUAAAUUAAAGGAAAAACAUUUAGUUUCUUACUCUUUCAAACGUCCCUGUUUAAACCUGUAGGAGGCGCUGUAGCAUCCGUUAGCUUUAGCUUUAGCUUUAGCCUCAGUGAUGGAGGAGGGGUGUUUAUCCACUAAUAAAACAUUAAAUUCCAAGAGUAGUGUUUUGGUCUCACCACUAGAUGGCAAUAGUUCCAACACACUGCACCUUUAAAACUGAAUCUGUGAUCGACUACGUCAUCCAACAACAACAACAACAGGUUUAACUUUAAAUAAACCAGAUUGUGUUGAACAGACAGAAAACACUCGUGAACAAGAUUAAAUGUUUAUUGUGUUUUUGUCAAAUUUAAAAUGUGAAGAUGAAUCAAAUAAUUUACCAACAAAUAACGAGCAACAACACAGUGACUAGCAAAUAACGCGGAGACCGUUACCGAGCUGUGAUUGGACAAAUGAUUGUGGGGGGAGGGGCUUAGCGGAUCAAAAUGAAACCUCCAUCCAAUCAGAAGUGUUCAGGUCUCUGAAAAUCCGCCGACGUUGUUUUUAUUGUUAAUAGAUGUUGAACUUCUCUCCGCAUUUCACUGUUGUUACCGUGGUAACGUAGCGCGCUAGCAUCAACCCCUUAGAAACACUGGGUCCAACAUGUUCCUCUGGGUUAAAGCCAAUAACUUCCACUAAAACCUUGUGAUAAACUGUUGUUGUUGCCAAAUUAAUGUAAACAAUGAGAUUUUUGUAUUUGUGACAAAUUAAAGAUGAUGAUGUUGUAAAA